AUGGCUUUCCCUUGCCAUUUGUUGAACUUUUGGAGAAGUCCAAUCCUCUUGUGGCAGCCACAACAGAGGGGUUCAUCCUUGGAGCCUCAUACUCCUCAAAGUAAUAGCACUCAGGCUCACCCAAAUCCGCACUCUCCUGGACCUGAUCUUCAGCUCGAUCCUCAGCUCGAUCCUCAGCUCGACUCAGCUCGAUCGAGCUCAGGCUCCUCUUCUCGCAAAUCCUCAUGCCCAACUAAUGUGUACACAGGGGGUCUGAAGUCAAUGUUCUCACCCCUUACUACUGUGGUUGGUCUUGCAAAACUUGAUGUCCAUCCAACCUGGUUCAGUGGCUCUCUAUCAGUUGGGUUCACUCCAGCAGCACACAAGAUAGGUGUGAUGAGCCCUCCAACACUUAGCGCCUUCCUUUGA